GUCUCUAAUCUGGGCACUUAAGCUUUGGGUAGAUUAGCUAACUUCUCUCCAGAUCCGUCAAAUCUCCGAGCGAGGUGUCCGGUCCUAUGACUGCCAAGUCUACAGGCUACAGCUAACACUGAAGCUAACCUGACAAGAAGUAGGAGGAGUAGGACCAGGAAGUGAAAAGACAGCGGCGGGUUUGCACGUCCUGAGCAGUGUCUGUUCUCCACUAGUCAGCCCAGUUUAGGUGUACACCCCCGUCCGGCCGAGGUAAACCACAGUGAGAAACGGCGAAGGUAACGUUAGCUGCUAACCGAAGGAGACACGUCUGUGUGACAGAGAGCAGAGGGGAGCAGUUGACGUUACCUCCCCUUGUGUUUUCAAAGAGAGUGAAGAUGGCGACCAGCUCGGAGCGCAGUCCUCCCCCAUUCCCGGACUCCGAGGACCAAGAUGUGCUGGACACUGAAGAAGUCCGAGGCCGCGACAGUGAUGAAGACGAGGACCUCUUCGGGAGUACGAGCACAUCACCAGUGACCGAAAUGGACACCACACCGACCAGUGAUGUUUCAAUGAAGCCUCCCAGUGACAUCAUGAAUGAUCCUUUAAUGGAGCCAAUGAGCAGCCAAACAGGAAACAAGCCAGCGAGUGAACCCUCAGAUGAUUUUUUUGACCUGACAAACAAUGUUAGCGUUGUAGCUGCAGCUGCAACAAAAUCCGAUGAUUUCGUUGACAUAUUGGGAAGCGAAACUGGAGCUCAGAGAGGGGAAGUAGUAAAGGCAGAUGUUACUGUUGAAGCAACAAUUGAUAGAAGUGAAGUAACUGCUGGCGUUACAGAUCCACUCAGUCAGCAGGAAGCAAAACAAACGUCCACCGCUCCAGUUAUCGACCUCAGUGGUGACUCACAUCCUGUUACUAGCAAAAUUGCCGACCCUUUGGUCGACCUCUUUAGCGAUGCUCCACCAGCUGCUGAAGCCAAAAAACCCAGCAGCGCAAACAUUGAUCUCUUUGAUGACGAGGAAGGGAGUGAUAUUUUCGCAGAGCCGCUGCAGACCAAGCCUGCCAAGCAGCCGCAGAAAAGCCUCUUCGGUGAACCUGACGAGGACGUGUUUGGCGAGCCGCUGGGUGCCAUCUCAAAGAAACCCGUCCCUAAAGAGCAGAAGGAGAAAUCUGUCACAACCAAAGUCAUUGCUGGGGGACCGCUGCAAGACAGUAAGCCAGCUGAUAUCUUCAGUCAGGCAGCUGCCUCCACACCCAGCGUCACCAGCACCGUCAACUCCAAGACCAAUGGAGUCCACUCUGAGGAGGAUGGUGACAUAUUUGCUGCAGAGGCCACGGUGGAGCUCUCUCUCGACAGUCCGAGGAAUGAGAGAAAAAAGGAGGCGACGGCCAAGCCAUCUGCUCCCGCCCCCACCUCUCUGCCAGCAGCUGCCAGCCUCGCCAAGCCACAGCCUCCUGCCCUAGAAGAGUUGGAAGAGGAGGAAGAGGAAGAGGAGGAAGACAAAUUUGACAUCUUUGUCUCUGUCAAAGAUCCAGAAAAAAUAGGGGAUGGUAUGAAUGCCUACAUGGCCUACAAAGUAUCCACACAGACCACACUGCCCAUGUUUCGCAACAAGACAUUCACAGUGAGGCGACGCUUCAGCGACUUCCUCGGACUUUAUGAGAAGCUUUCUGAAAAACAUGGACCAAAUGGAUUCAUUGUGCCUCCACCACCAGAGAAGAGCCUUCUGGGGAUGACAAAGGUGAAAGUGGGGAAGGAAGAUUCAUCAUCUACAGACUUUGUUGAGAGAAGAAGAGGUGCUCUGGAAAGGUAUCUGCAGAGGGUGGUAAAUCACCCGUCGCUGCUCCAAGACCCCGAUGUCAGAGAGUUCCUGGAGAGAGAGGAAUUGCCUCGAGCAGUGAGCACUCAGGCUCUGAGCGGCGCCGGCUUCUUAAAGAUGAUCAAUAAAGCGACGGACGCUGUCAGCAAGAUGACCAUCAAGAUGAACGAGUCAGACGUGUGGUUCGAGGAGAAGCUGCAGGAGGUGGAAUCUGCAGACCAGCAGUUCAGGAAGCUCCACGCGCUGGUCGAAUCCCUGGUGGUUCACAGGAAAGAGCUGUCACUGAACACAGCGAGCUUCGCCAAAAGUGCGGCCAUGCUGGGCAGCGCAGAGGACAACACCGCCUUGUCCCGCGCCCUCUCCCAGCUGGCCGAGGUGGAGGACAAGAUGGAGCAGCUACACCAGGAACAAGCUGCAAACGACACCUUCACCUUUGCUGAAAUGAUUGCAGAUUACAUCCGCCUGCUGGGUGCUGUGAGGGGGUCCUUUGAUCACCGGAUGAAGGCGUGGCAGCGCUGGCAGGAUGCUCAGUCCAUGCUGCAGAAGAAGAGGGAGACUGAGGCCAAACUCCUGUGGGCCAACAAGCCUGAUAAGCUGCAGCUGGCCAAGGAGGAGAUCGCUGAGUGGGAGGCCAAAGUGACGCAGUACGAGCGAGACUUUGAAAGAGUUUCUGCAACUGUUCGCAAGGAAGUCAUUCGCUUUGAGAGAGAAAAGACCAAGAAUUGCAAAAGACAGAUUAUCAAGUAUUUGGAGUGUCUGCUUCAAUCUCAGCAACAGCUGAUAAAGUACUGGGAGGCGUUCUUACCAGAAGCAAAAGCAAUCGCCUAAUCCUCAAACACCAGCCCUCUGGACUACAACAGGCUGCCUUUUUCUCAUACACUUUAC